GCACAUUCAGCUGUCACCUGUCAUUUUUGGUUAAUUUUAUAUAUAUUUACUUUUAUAAAAGUAUAAAUAAAACUGGAUUUCUCGAUUUAUAUGUUAAAUAUAGUAUUUAUAUCUACUUUUACCAGAUUUUAUAAAUUAUAGUUUUAUUUAACGAUUUUAACUUUCUCAUGAAAGAGAAUAUUCCCGAGAAUGUUCUUUAGGAAGUUUAGAGACUUUUAAUCAGCUGAUUAACCCUUUCGUGUAUUUUUAUUAUUUAUGUCUUUAGGUCAAAUUAUGGAAUGGCUACUUCAUGUUUCAGCAAUGUGGACGAAUAUGGAUUCGAAAGAUCAUCAGAUUUUGAUUAUCAAACGUAUGAAGAUUUUAUGUCCGAAUAUUUAAAGGUAUUAGCGAAAAGAGCUAAAAAAUGGGCAGAAAUAAUUGAAAAUGGAAGAAAUCUUCAACGAACUGCAACAUUAAAAAGAUAUGUUCGAAAAGGAAUUCCUGGAGAACACAGAGCAUUGAUUUGGCUCAUUGUAAGUGGAGGAGAAGAAUUAAAAAAUGCAACGCCAGGUUUAUAUCAACAUUUGUUAGACGGUCCACAUAAUUCAGAAGUGUCAGAAAUUAUAAGAACAGAUCUUCCUCGAACUUUUCCCGACAAUAUUUUUUUUAAUAAUACAAAAGCCUAUCAACUUCAACUUUAUAAUAUUUUACUUGCUUUUGCUCAUCAAAACAAAGACGUUGGUUACUGCCAAGGACUGAAUUACAUAGCAGGAUUAUUAUUUUUAGUAACAAAAAAUGAAGAAACAGCAUUUUGGCUUCUAAAAGCGUUAAUUGAGAAUAUUCUACCUGAUUAUUAUACUCCAACAAUGGAUGGUUUAUUAACAGACAUUGAUGUCUUAGAAGAAUUAGUCAGAAUCAAAAUACCAGAUGUACAUCAACAUAUUACUAAUUUGGGUUUACCCUGGGCUGUAAUUGCCACGAAAUGGUUCAUUUGUUUAUUUGCCGAAGUUUUACCAAUUGAGACAACUCUUAGAAUUUGGGAUUGUUUAUUUUAUGAAGGUAGCAAAAUUAUUUUUAGAGUUGCAUUAACAUUGAUAAAGAGAAAUAAAGGAAAUUUAUUAGCCUGUCAAGAUUUUGCAGUAUUAGCAGGUUGUUUUAAAGAAAUUACAAAAGACAGUAUCGUCCUGCACUGCCAUGACUUUAUGCAGAGCAUUUUCAAGGAGCCUGGAUCUCUACCUCGUAGCGCAAUUACUAAGUUAAGAAUUAGAACCUCCGAGAGACGAAUGGUUCUCAAAAAAGCGAGAUUCCCUUCUUUUUAAAAAAGAGGGUCAAUUAUUAUACGUAAAUAAAAAUAUAUUUAGAUCGUAUUA